AUGCCUCCCGCAAAACAAUGGGACGAAGAGUCUAGCGACUCCGAUACCUCCACCUCCCCCGUCGCUGCUGCCCCCCGCCGACGACAGUUUGACGACGAAGAGGACGACGACGAUGUUCUUGACUCCUGGGAUGCCGCCGAAGACUCCGAAGUAGAGCGCGAGAAGGCCAAAAAGGCUGCUGAUGCCAAGGAGAAGAAGGCUGCUGAGGAUGCCGCCAACAAAAAGUCGAAGCUUCAGCGUAUCGCCGACCACCAGAAAGAGCGCGCGCGCAUGCGUGAAGAGGAAGAGGAAGAGGAAUCCGAAGAGGGAGAAGACGAAGCUGAGCGCCGUGCUCGUCUCCGCCGCACCGAACAGGAAGCUGACCUGCGCCACGCCGAGGAUCUCUUCGAUGGUAUCGGUAUCAGCAACAACCGUGCCAAAACUAUCCCCGGCUCCAACGUCGUCGUUGAUUCCAAGGACCCCGGCAACACUGUCGACCUUGCCAAGCUACCUAUCUUCAAUCCCCAAACCAAGAAGCAGUUUGAGCAGCUCCGCCAGGUCCUUGUCCCUGUCAUUGCUGCAAACGGCAAGAAGGGCCACUACGGUCUCUUCCUCGAGGAGCUUGCCAAGGAACUCUCCAAGGAGCUGCCCAGCGAACAGAUCAAGAAGAUUGCAAGUUCGCUCACCCGCGCCGGUAACGAGAAGCAAAAGGAGGAGAAGGCCGCCGACAAGACUGGCAAGAAGAGCAAGGCUGCCAAGACUAAGACCUCGCUCGUGACUACCCGUGCCAACACCAAUGACAUGGAGACGUAUGAUAAUGACGCUUUUGGCGAGUGA